AUGGAUUUCCAUGGCCCAUCCGACAGGAAAGACAAUCAGGGACAUAACUUUGAUAUGUCCUCUACCAAAGCUACGUCGAAUGGAAUGCAUGUCACUAUAAAUGAAUUAAGGCAUCAAAUCAGCACUCUACAGGACGAGGUUCAGUAUUUGAAAACUGUAACCCCAUCCACAAACCAAGUACCACAAGAACUCCAUGACGGUUAUGAACUAAUCGCCACCGCUUUGAGGGAGGUCAGAGCGAAAGGGAUUGAAAUAGAACUUCUUAAACAAGAAAACCAUUCUCUAGAGCUCAAAUGCAAGCAGUUAAAAAGCAUUGCAAUAAACCGGGUUGAGCGAUCGUCUACCAUUAAUGAUCGCUCAGUUGCCGUGGAUCCGAGCAGGACUGGCCAACCCCAAACCAUGAACCCAAGCGGUUCCCCUUUGGGCUUGAACUGCAAUGGGAAACGGCCGUUCCCGGAAGAAUUUCCUUUAGCAAAGAACGAUAGGAAUUCACAACCACUUGAUGCCGAGAGCAACCAGCAAAAUUCAGCGGCACGCAAUUCGUCAGAGAAUGCAGUCUCUCUGCCUCCUUAUGGCUCACAAUCGACCCCCGUCGUUUCCAAAGGAUCCCAUCGCGAAGCCUCAAAUUCUGACACCGACGAACUUGCUGAACCAUGGCAAGGUCCAAAAUAUCGAAAAUUAUCGAGCAACGUGAAUUGUGGGGAGAAUAUGAUCCAUUGCAGUGCAAAGCCUUUCCACUCAAGCCCAAACCAACGUCGAGUACAUGAGCUAAACCAAACUUCCCAAAAUGACCCUGCUAAACCAAGAAAGAAAAAUGCUCUCGCGAAGGCAUCCCGUGGACGGCCGAAAACUAAGCCCCUACCCGCAAAAGCAUCUAUGACCACUAAAAUUCCCUUAAAAGAGUCGGCUCCUAACACCGUGAACCCAACAAACUCGCCGGGCAUGGCCAAUCCCAUCAGUCCCCAGAAUGGAAGUGAGCACCAACCCGGGGACAAACUACAAGCCAUGCGCAGACCAAGAAGAGCCAGUGCGCGACUCUCAAGGCGAUCCUCUCUUGUCUCUCCAGACCAUGAAAAUACUGAACACACCGCUAGCACCAAGCCGAAUCAGUCGCAUUCGGUGGAGGACUCGACACCACAGAAACAACACGACGAAAAUCCGCCCCUUCCAGCCCCAGACACUGGUAACUCAGAGCAAACUAUUCCAAACUCUCAAAGCGAUAGUGAUAACGCAACACUUGACCAGGAGGAUUCUCGCGCUACUGUUAAUGAACAGGAAGAAUCUGCACAGACCGCUGCAAAAUCCAAAAGCCCUCGCAACUCUGCCAAUGACAAACGUAAAUCGCAAAUCGCAGCUCGUGACGCUCUUGCAAAACUGACUAUGCAACGAGAAGAAGCGCUGGAAAUGGCCGCGCAUUGA